CUCUGAUAAAUGCUAAUAGCAGCAGGUUUGUUUCUAGCGCGAUGUUGAAGAUCCAAAAAGGUGGAUGCAAGUGAAGAGAUGUCGCAUCUGGGUGAAGACGAUAGUAGCAAUGCUAGCCUUUCAAUGACAAAUGUUGGUAACUUGAAUUUAUUGGUUUCAUUUGGUAUCAUUGACUUUGAGUCCAAAAAGAUGACAGCUUCUUCACGACUGCAAACUUUGUCGCCAACGAAGGUUGGAGGCACUGAUGCGAUGCACGCGACUCCAAGCACCCAAGCCUCGGAAGAUCCAGAAAAAGACCUGCUUUAUGGCGACGACCCGUUUCUCGAUGCGGAAACAAGAGCCCAGUGCGUCGCGUGUAGUCUCUACGCGACUCAAAAUGACUGGAGAGCGCCAGGGCACACGUUUACUCUCGGCCAGCAUGAGUCAGCGACUUUCGACAUCACAAUGCAACGAGGUGCUGCGAUAGUCUCCAGUUUGACGCCGUUUAUGCACUCCACUGGCUCAUCAUCGUCAUCUUCCUCUGCGAGCCGACCAGGCGAAAAGGUGACUGGCAAGCAAAAGCACCUUCCUGGGUCUGAACGUAAAAGCAGUAGCAGGACGAAGCAAAGCUCGUCUUCGUUGAGAGCAGGAAGUCACUUGAUUCCACUUAGCGUUAGGCAGGACCCGCGUGCAAAUGGUGAGCUUGGUAUAACAGGUGGACGAGUCUGGGAUGCGGCCGUAGUCGUAGCGAAGUUUUUUGAGGCUGGUGGGCUUUACCAAAAUAGGUUAUGGCGAAGGAGUUCCGACGCGCUUAGGGUAGUGGAACUCGGUGCUGGCACUGGGCUAUGCGGUAUUGCGUCUGCGGCUGUAAUGCCUUUGGGGAGCACGGUUGUUAUCACAGACCAAUUGGCGCACUUGUCGCUGCUGGAGGAGAAUGUCGAUGAUAAUGCAGCCAGCAUGCCACGAGGAAUUACCCUGAAGGCGCGCGAACUCGACUGGACAUCGGAUGAGAUCGCGGGACUUUCAUCGGUGCACGAAGGAGAUAAGACGAAACACAGGCAGAGCCUUCUCCGUAGACUCUUCAGACGCAAUGUGGAAUGUCAGCUUGCAGGAGGAAAUGCUGAUACUGAAGCCAGUGGCUCGUCUCAUUCUCACAAGGAGGUGGAACACCGACGGGGGACACAGGAAAUACCAGAGAACGAAGAUCCGAUAGACCUUGUGGUCGCUUCUGAUGUGAUCUACCAUGAGGACGUCGUGGAUAUUUUUGUGGCAACACUGCGCGCAUUGCUAUAUUCUGGUGCGGCCAAAGCCGCACUAGUCGGUUUCGAGCUGCGAAGUGCCGUUGUCACAGAGCACUUUUUGACCGCAUGCUUUGAAAAUUUCUGCGCAAGGUUUCUCCCCUCACCCAAAGACUAUAAAAGCGACGCUGUUGUCCUCCUCUACCUCACACCUUUGGCCCUCUCUGAAUAAUUUCCACUAUACUUCUUGAUUUCAUCUCAACUAAAUUGUAAUUGACCAUCAUUUUUCGUGAGUCCAUAAUCUGUAAUAAAUUAGUCAGAGCGACACCAGUUUAAACGGUAACAAAAAAUGAGCUGCGCAAUGUUGAGGUGGUGACUCAACUCCAUCUUUUAUCAAAUAUGAUGAGUGACCCAGCAGGGUCUGGGUGACCCGAUAAGUUUUCCUUUUUUCGUUGUUUGUAUUAACUAGAAGAUGCAC